UGGACCGUCGUUUUUUUUAUAGAUUCACGUGUGUUUGUCAACCUGGAUUUGUCGGUCAAUCCUUACACCCGCAGGGAAAAUAAAUAUAAAGGCACACGGUCUGGAGAGGGAGAUCUGUAAUUCUGUGUGUUUGUUUUCAUUUCAGAAACACAAUAAUACAUAGGGUGUUUUUCUCUCUUCAAAAACCGUUGGAAGCUCAUCUUUAGUGUUCCAAAAUAUGGAGCUGGCCUUGAGUCUAGGUGAUACAUCAAAGCCUUUCAAGUUUCUUGACAAAACCCCAAAGUUAUCAAGCAAAGAUCUUGGGUUUUGCAUGGGCUUAGGGAGUGGUUUUCCUGCAACAACAAGAUCACAAGACAAACUAGGUAGCCAUGAAAGUAACUAUCAAGACGAUGAAAGAAGGGUAUCAUCAGAUCCGCCACUUCAACUUGAUCUUUUGCCCUUCUCUCCUGUUCCUCGUGGACAUCAGGCUCCUUCCAGGAUUCGCUUUCCAUGGCUGACAGAUAACUUGGUGUCCGAACCUGGUUCAACCGAAGCACCAGGGAGAAGGUUUGAUGUGAACCGGUUGUCCAUGGAUGAUGCUGAUGAAGGAGCGGCGAUUUCGUCGCCAAAUAGUGCAGCGUCGUCCUUUCAAAUGGAUUUUGGGAUUAGAAGUGGGAGAGACCGUAAGAGAGAUUUAGAUGCUAUUGAUGCUGAGAGAGCAAGUUCAAGAGCAAGUGAUGAUGACGAGAACGGUUUGACAAGGAAGAAACUAAGGCUCUCUAAAGAACAAUCAGCUUUUCUUGAAGAGAGCUUCAAAGAGCACAAUACCCUCAAUCCUAAGCAAAAGCUAGCUUUAGCAAAGCAGUUGAAUCUUCGUCCUCGCCAAGUGGAAGUGUGGUUUCAGAAUCGAAGGGCAAGGACAAAAUUGAAGCAGACAGAAGCUAUUGAUGCUGAGAGAGCAAGUUCAAGAGCAAGUGAUGAUGACGAGAACGGUUUGACAAGGAAGAAACUAAGGCUCUCUAAAGGACAAUCAGCUUUUCUUGAAGAGAGCUUCAAAGAGCACAAUAUCCUCAAUCCUAAGCAAAUGCUAGCUUUAGCAAAGCAGUUGAAUCUUCGUCCUCGCCAAGUGGAAGUGUGGUUUCAGAAUCGAAGGGCAAGGACAAAAUUGAAGCAGACAGAAGUAGAUUGUGAGUAUUUAAAGAGGUGCUGUGAGACAUUGACAGAAGAGAACAGGAGGUUACAAAAGGAACUGCAAGAAUUAAGAGCUUUGAAAACUUCACAACCUUUCUAUAUGCAGCUUCCUGCCACCACUCUCACCAUGUGUCCUUCAUGUGAGCGCGUGGCCACCACCACCACUUCCUCUUCUGGCACCACCACCACCACCACCACCAACCCAUCCACCACCACCACCACCACCACUAGCACCACCAACUCUAAACCAUUGUCACUACCUGCUAAGCCUCGGUUAUUUCCUUUGUCACAUGGCCAGGUCCAACCUCACCAUGCUGCUUCAUGACUCCCUAUGACUAAUUUUUUGAAAAAAAAGAACACAAAAUGAAAGACUGGAAAAGAGUUUUUUCCCCCUUCCCCGUGUGUAAAUAGCUUGGCUUUGGUGAUUUUCUUUGUUCCUAUCAUAAUUAGUUUCAUUUAGUAAUAUGGGGCAGGGAAAGUUUGAAAGAGUGGCUGAUAUACUUUGACUGAUGAUCUCAUGAGGUUGUAGAAGAGAUUUGGAUAAAAUCUAGGCCUCAAUUUUGUGGGAAGAUAAUUUACCACCUGAUGUAUUUAAUGGAUUUUUGUAUUGAAUACAGUUUGGAGGAUUAUUUAUUA